AUGGGCAAAGCUCCCUACUUCGGCCUUCGAGGCCAUUCGCUGCACCGAGCCAUCUGGGGCUUGUCGUGCGUGGCCAUCAUGAUCUUCGCUUACAAUCAAGCCGCUGCACCCAAUCUCGUCACUUUCCCAACGUUCUACAAGCAGUUCCCUGAGCUCAACAUCAUCACGAGCACUGGCGCCCAGAAAAGCCACAAUGCCACGAUCACGGGUACCGUCAUGUCGACCUACACCCUGUUGGGCGCGUUCGGUGCCUUGGGAUGUACGUUCCUCGGAGACAUCUGGGGUCGACGAUGGACCAUCUGGGUCUCGUGCUUCGUUCAAUCCGUCGGCUGCCUUUUGAUGGCCACCUCGUAUGAGCUUGGACAAUUCGUCGUCGCCAGAGUUUUGCUUGGUCUCGGGACGGGAGGCAUCAUCGCUACCGUCUCAGUUUGGCAGGCGGAGACGGCAAAGGCAGCGACCCGCGGCGAACACGUUGCCAGCUUUGGUAUCUACUGUGGACUCGGGCUCGUCCUUGCUCUAUGGCUCAUCUUCGGCAUGUCGUAUGUCGACGGCUCCAUCAGCUGGCGCUUCCCCCUCGUUGUACCCAUCAUUCUUGGCAUCAUCGUCCAGUCAUUCAUCUUCUCGCUCCCAGAGUCUCCACGUUGGCUGGUCAAGAAAGGACGCAGUGCCGAGGCUGUCGAGAUCAUGAGCAUCCUCUACGACGUUGACAGAUCGGAUGCGGAGCUGCAGUCGGAGAUCCGCGACAUCGAGCUGUCCCUGGAGAUCAACAAGGACGUUUCUUUGAUGUCAAUGUUCAAGAUGGGCCCACAACGAAUCUUCCACCGCGUGGUGUUGGCAGGCAUCAUACAGAUGUACCUGCAGAUGUCUGGUACCAAUGUCGUGGUAUACUACUGCACCACUCUGUUCGAGGUUGAGCUGAAGUUCAGUACGACCGAAGCCGGCAUCCUGGCAGCAUCCCUCAUGUUCACCCUGAUCAUCGGAUCUGUCAUUGCAUCAUUCACCGUCGACCGCUGGGGCCGACGACCGUUGAUGUUGACCAGCGCGGCCUGCAUGACCGUCUGCAUGGCGGGCGUUGCCGGCUGCACUUCCAACCCGAACAACCCGACUGCUUUGAAGGCUGGCGCUUUCUUCGUCUUCGCCUUCGAGACAUGCUACUGUAUUGGCUUCCUUGGUGUUCCGUUCCUCUACGCCAGCGAAGUCGCUCCCGUCCACUUGCGCGCUGCCGUAUGCGGUGUGGCCACUGCAAUCUCCUGGUUGUUCAACUACCUGGUUGCCGAAGUCACGCCCAUCGGCUUCACGUCCAUUGGAUGGCGAUACUUCCUCGUCUACGUGUGCACCAACGCCGCCGCAGGCAUCACCGUCUACUUCUUCUACCCCGAAACCGCCGGCCGCACCCUCGAGGAAAUCGACGAAAUCUUCACCAAGUCGACUUCCAUCUUCGAUCCCGUCAGCGUGGCCAAGAAGCUGCCCAAGCAGCACUUGGCCGACUUCUUGAAGGAGGAGGCCGAGCACGACCCCAAGAUCAAGGACCUUGUGGAGCAUAUCGAGGGCUCCGACGUUUCCAUUGAUCGCGCCUACGUGGUGGAACCCACCAAGCUCGAGAAGGCUUGA